AUGAAUACAGAACUAUUCGUUAUGUUAGAUUCAAUGGGGAAAGCUUUGAACAAUGAAGUAAAAAGAAAAAUCGUUCUUAUUGACAUUGAUAGUUCAGAUGAUGAAUUUGAUUACGAAUUCAUCAAUCGGUUACGGGGUAAUAGAGUAAAACCUUUUAGAGUGCAAGAUUUUACCUCUCAGACAAUUCCGAAUUUUACUCAUAAGCAGUUUCAACAGCACUUUAGGUUGUCACCAACCUCAUUUGAAAGAUGUUUACUUAUUUGUGCUCCCCUUCUACAGAAAACUUGUGUAGAAGGACGUAAAGGUUCGGACGAGAGGCUUCAACUAUUGUCAGUGAUUUGGUUACUGGCUACACCAGAUAGUUUUCGAUCAGUUUCUGACAGAUUCGACAUUGGUAAAAGUUCUCUGCAUGAUAGUUUUGUCCGUGUAACUACUGUUUUGCAUAGAUUAUCCCCAACAAUUAUUAAUUGGCCCGAAGUUGAUCAAAUGAAUCAAAUUCAACUUAAUUUUAGUAAGAUGUCAAAGACUUGUCUCAAUAAUAUCAUAGGUGUUAUUGAUGGAUCUUAUAUUCCAAUACCUGCACCAAUCAGCUAAUUCUUAUCUCACAAGAAAAUGUUUCCAUGCUAUAACAUUGCAAGCUGUAUGUGAUGAUAAAUUGAGAAUCAUUGAUGCAUUUGCUGGUUAUCCUGGAUCUGUAGGGGAUAGAAGAAUAUUCACUAAUUCUUUAAUUUAUGAACGAAUCUUGCAAAACAAAAAUAGGUGAAUAUAUUAAUUACAUUAAUCAUUUACUCAUUAAUCA